AUGAGUUCCAUCCUACUCCUAGCUCUCCUGGGCAUCACCUUCCUUUGGCCACUUCCAGGGAUGCAGGCCCUGAAGUGCCAGUUGGGGACCUUUGACUCAGUGAGGAAGAGGUCGGAGCAGCUCUUCAACUGGACAAUGGGCGAGCUCAACUGUCCAUCCGACCAGCCUGCCUGCCAGGACACAAUGCUGUUCAUUGUGAAUGGGCCCCUUAUGAAGGUGGUGGUCCUCAAGAACUGCACCUCAGCACCCCUUCAGAAGAACGUGACCAUACACAGGGCGGACCCCGGCCUCUCCUUCCUGUCCUACACGCACGUGUGCAACGAGGACCUCUGCAAUGACCUCUCUAGCACCUACCCACUCUGGGGUCAGGUGCCCCCCUCAGUUUCCGGCUUUAUGCAGUGUCCCUUCUGCUUGUCUGAGAAAGACUGCCUGUCAUCCCCAAUGAUAGCUUGCUCAGUGGGGACAGAGCAUUGCUACGAUGGGCUUCUCCAGCUCGAAGGAGCACCUAUCCACCAUAAACUGAGAAUCCAGGGGUGCCAGGCCCAACCUGGCUGUAACCUGCUCAAUGGCACCAAGGAGGUCAGUCCCCUGUCUCUGAAGGAAGUCUGUAAGACAAAUGGUGAGUCCUACAGAGCCCCACUGACAUCUGAGGUCUGGGCCCAGGCACUUCACCAAAGUGAUCUUAGUGGGGAGCAAAGACUGUACCAAAGAGAAAGACCCAGCUCUCCCGGUCGGUCCCAGGUCCACGCGAGGUCCCCCGGAGUACUGAUUGCCUCCUACUCGCAUUUCUGCAACAAGAGCAACUGUAAUGAUGCCAACAGCAGUGCUGUGCUCUUGGACCAACUCCCUACGCCAGAUCCCUCAGCCCCCAUUGAGGCCCCCGGGAACAAGGAGUCCCAGACUGUGUUGGCAUUCAGAACAAUGCUCAAAGAGACAAAAAGCUGUGAAGUGCCCUAA